AUGGCUAACCAGAGCCCCACAUACGGUGAUUAUCUCACCAAUCCUUCAAAUCCUCUAUUCCUUCAUGCCAACGAAUCACCAUCACAAGCAUUAGUUUCACAACCCCUAAAUGGACGAAAUUAUCAUUCAUGGGCAAGAGCUAUGAAGCUCGCUUUUCUUUCUAAGAACAAGCUCAAGCUUGUAGAUGGCAGUAUUCCUUCUCCAUCACCAACAGAUUCAUACUAUGGAGCGUGGGAGCGAUGCAACAUCAUGGUUCUUGCUUGGAUUCAUAGAUCCAUUGAUGAUUCUAUUAUACAAUCCAUUCUUUGGAUUGAUCAAGCAUUAGAGGUUUGGCAAGAUCUUCAGGAUCGUUUUUCUCAAGCAGAUAUGUUUAGGGUUUCUGAUCUCCAGGAAGAGAUUUUUCGCCUCCAACAAGACACCCUCACUGUUAGUCAAUAUUUCACUCAAUUAAAAGGUCUAUGGGAUGAAUUUGAAAAUUACAGACAUGUUCUCCAUUGCAAGUGUUCAAUACCCUGCACAUCCGAAGCCAUCCAAGCUUAUAAAAGAUAUAGAGAUCAAGACUAUGUUAUUUGUUUCCUUAAAGGUUUAGACAAGCAAUUUUCACAUGUCAGAUCCCAGAUUAUGCUUCUAGAUCCCCUUCCUCCAAUAAACAAGGUUUUCUCUUUGAUUGUUCAACAAGAGAGGCAAAUGGCUACUACAGAAAUGACUGAGUUAUCAUUUGAUGCGAAAACAUUUGUUGUCAACACUAAUCAAUAUAUUGGUCUUGGAAGAGGUCUUGCUAUUAAUCCAAACCAAUAUUUUGGAUAUAGUAGAGGUCGUGGGAAUAGAGGUAGGGGUUGUGCCACAAUUGGAAGAGGCCAAAAUUCUUUCAACAAACUCUGCACUUACUGUGGAAAAACCAAUCACACAGUGGAAACUUGUUAUUUUAAGCAUGGUUUUCCUCCUGACUACAAGUCCAGACAAAGCAAUGCUAAUAUGGCCAACUCAAAUGAGGAUUGUGCCACGGAAAAAGGCCCCUCAACCAAGUUGGGAAAUACUACCCCAGAUGUUGGUUUUACUCAAGAGCAGUAUUAA